GUUCGGUGAACCCUCCGUCAGAAAGAUGCCAAUAGGUGUAUUUUUAAAAAAGACGGAUAAAGAAAACAGAAGGGGUCAUUACAACUGUGGGCGUCGUACAAAUACACUUACAGCAGCAAUACAAAUUCAGACUUAACCUGUUAUCCCAGGAAAUGAUCUGGAACUUCGCUAUUGAGUAUGAUGCCUUAAAUGAUCGCAACACCUUCAGCAAUGGGGAUACUUUGUUGGGCAGAGUUAUCAUGGAGGUAUCAAAGGAAACCAAAAUCAAGGCUCUGACUGUCAAGGUGAAAGGCAAGGCUGAUGUGUCAUGGACUGAGACACAAGGGGAAGACAGUGUGACAUACUGGGAUAAAGAAAAGUAUUUCUCACAAACUUUACCUGUCUUACCGGAGGAUAACGCAGAUGGCUCUAUAAUUCUUGUGGCUGGUAGACAUGCCUUACCUUUUGCCUUUCAGCUUCCCUACCAAUCUCUCUCUUUCAGGGGCCUGCCUUCAUCUUUUAAAGGUGCUCAUGGUAAAAUUCAUUACCGACUUUCGGCCAAGUUGAGCAGGUCUAUGCGUGCAACAAGUAAAGCUGAAGCAAAGUUCACCUUCGUUGCCAGAGCUGAUUAUGACCGGUCAACACUGAUGGCACUUCAACAUGGCAGUAAAGACAAGGAUGUCAUAUUUUUUGCCUCUGGAAAUAUUUCAAUGAAUAUUUUCUUGCCAAAGACAGGCUACCAGCAAGGAGAAAGGCUAGUUGUCAAUGGUGAAAUUGUAAACAGCUCAACUCGAAAAAUUGUGCCAAAGUACAUUAUCUACCAGAAGCAAAGCUUCUUUGCUGGAGGCCAGAGAGCUGUUCAUACCACCCAGAUACUGAAGGAUAAGGGAGAGCCUUUAGCAUCCUCCACCAGACAGAAUCUGUCGAAAGUAUUAGUCCUUCCCACAGAAAUCAGCACCACCAUCCAGAACUGCAGAAUCCUCAAAGUCGAGUACAGACUGAAGGUUAUUUUGGAUGUAUCGUUCACUAAAAACCCUGUGAUUAAACUCCCGUUGAUCAUACUGCCUCUACAUGACGGGACCUCAUCCAAUGAGUUGGAUGCAGGACUACAUAAAGACCUGGCCAAAAUGAAUGUUUGAAAUUAAUAUAAGCAAUAAGCAUUAGAUUUGUUUGCACUUUUGUUUUACAUUUAUUGUAUCGUACUAUAAUUAUUUUAUUUUUUUUUCUAAAAUAUGAAAUCAUAUAUGACAAAUAAGCAAAAAUGUGAUAUAUUUCUCAUAAUAAGGGAACAGUUCACUCCCUAUCCCUUUAAAAUGAAGAGAAUUGUAGCUCUUUUUAAAUAAAUGUAUUUUAUCGCUUCAUUCCAUACAAAAAGAGUACAAUAAUGCAAAAAAUAAAUAAAUAAAACAUUAAUGCAUGUAUCCCUGAGAGUGUAAUGGUCUUUAUUGUUAGCUAUAAUCUCUCUGUAACUUCAUUUGUUAUUAGAUCAGCUCAGUUAAUUCAACAAAAUGGGAGAGUAUGUCAUGUUCCUUUUACAAAGCGAGCAUGUGAAGAGAAAUGGCAUUUACCGUGACACUCAAGCCCUCAUGCUGAAAUAAAUACAGAGGAAGACUCUGCUUGUCAACCUGAAGGCCACUGAGCUCCGGUGGAUAUCUUUCUGCACCAGUAUCCUACUGCUCUUUGCUGUGUGUACUAACUCAAAGCUUCUCAAUUCAGCACUCAACACACACUUUAGUGUAGACUGAAGGAUGUGCAAUCAAUAUUACAGCUAAUCUGUGACCUUUGACCCCCACAGCAAAAGAUGAAAUACAGAACGUCUGAGCUUUGUAAAUGGAGGACACUGAAUUUAUCUGU